CCUGCGCUUCAGCCUCAGUGCGGAGCCGUCGCCGGUCGGAGCAGCAGCGGCGGCCGAGUCGGAGGCGGCGGAGUCGGCGGUUGCGGAGCGGCCACCACACCCACCCCCACGUCGCGGGCCCUGUCCUUGCUUGUCCUCUCGCCGCCCCGCGGGAGGACGAUCCCGGGAGGAGAGCGGCCGCCUACGCCCCGAGCAUCUUUCCCCGUCGAGCCGGUGCGGGCUGAGCGGGCGGCAUGAUGAGGCUCCGAGGGUCGGCGCUGCUGCGGGACCUCCUGAGGCCGCCCGCCGCCGCGGCCCUGAGGCGGGCGCAGCCUCUCGCCACGCUCCGCCGCCGCGCCCGGGGCGGGGGGCCCGAGGCCGCGGGCCCGGCGGCCGCCGCGCGGCUCUGCCCGCGCUGGGGCGGGGGCGGCCGGCUGGCGGGGCCCGGCGCCAGGGGCCUGUCCAGCUCGCCCUCCGAGAUCCUGCGGGAGCUGGGCAAGGCGGGCGCGCAGCAGCCGCAGGAGCCGCAGUCGCCGGAGCCGCAGCCCGGGGCGUCGCCGCCCGCGGCCCCGCCGGCGCCCGGCGCCAAGGACGGCCCCGCGGACACGGACGCGUUCGGCCACAGCGAGGGCAAGGAGCUGGCAGCCUCGGGCGAGAGUAAAAUAAAACAGGGUCUGUUACCUAGCUUGGAAGAUUUGCUGUUCUACACAAUUGCAGAAGGACAAGAGAAAAUACCUGUUCAUAAAUUUAUCACAGCACUCAAAUCUACAGGAUUGCGAACAUCUGAUCCCAUUGAGUGUAUGGAUAUGUUAAGAUUAACUCUUCAAACAACAUCAGAUGGUGUCAUGCUAGACAAAGAUCUUUUUAAAAAAUGUGUUCAGAGCAACAUUGUUUUGUUGACGCAAGCCUUUCGAAGAAAGUUUGUCAUUCCUGACUUUAUGUCUUUUACUUCUCAUAUCGAUGAGUUGUAUGAAAGCGCUAAAAAGCAGUCUGGAGGAAAGGUUGCAGACUAUAUUCCUCAACUAGCCAAGUUCAGUCCUGAUUUGUGGGGUGUAUCGGUUUGUACAGUUGAUGGACAGAGGCAUUCUAUUGGGGAUACCAAAGUUCCAUUUUGUCUUCAGUCCUGUGUAAAACCUUUGAAAUAUGCCAUUGCGGUUAAUGACCUUGGAACAGAAUAUGUGCAUCGCUAUGUUGGGAAAGAGCCAAGUGGAUUAAGAUUCAACAAACUGUUUUUAAAUGAAGAUGAUAAGCCACAUAAUCCUAUGGUAAAUGCUGGAGCAAUUGUUGUGACUUCAUUAAUAAAGCAAGGAGUGAAUAAUGCUGAAAAAUUUGACUAUGUGAUGCAGUUUUUGAAUAAGAUGGCUGGUAAUGAAUAUGUUGGAUUCAGUAAUGCAACGUUUCAGUCUGAAAGAGAAAGUGGAGAUCGAAAUUUUGCAAUAGGAUAUUACUUAAAAGAAAAAAAGUGUUUUCCAGAAGGCACAGACAUGGUUGGUAUAUUAGACUUCUAUUUCCAGUUAUGCUCCAUUGAAGUAACGUGUGAAUCAGCUAGUGUGAUGGCUGCAACACUGGCUAAUGGCGGUUUCUGCCCAAUUACUGGUGAAAGAGUACUGAGCCCAGAAGCGGUGCGAAACACUCUGAGUCUGAUGCAUUCCUGUGGCAUGUAUGACUUCUCAGGGCAGUUUGCUUUCCAUGUUGGUCUUCCUGCAAAAUCCGGAGUUGCUGGGGGCAUUCUUUUAGUUGUCCCAAAUGUCAUGGGCAUGAUGUGCUGGUCACCCCCUCUGGACAAGAUGGGCAACAGUGUGAAGGGAAUUCACUUCUGUCACGAUCUUGUUUCUCUGUGUAAUUUCCAUAACUAUGAUAAUUUGAGACACUUUGCAAAAAAACUUGAUCCUCGAAGAGAAGGUGGCGAUCAAAGGGUGAAGUCGGUGAUAAACCUCUUGUUUGCGGCCUACACGGGAGACGUGUCUGCACUUCGGAGAUUCGCCCUGUCGGCCAUGGACAUGGAGCAGCGGGACUAUGACUCCAGAACGGCCCUCCACGUGGCUGCCGCCGAGGGUCACGUUGAAGUCGUGAAAUUUUUGCUGGAAGCCUGCAAAGUCAACCCUUUCCCCAAGGACAGGUGGAACAACACGCCCAUGGACGAGGCGCUGCACUUCGGCCACCACGACGUGUUCAAGAUCCUGCAGGAGUACCAGGGCCAGUACACGCCGCAGGGCGACGCCGACGACGGGAAGGAGAGCCAGACGGUGCACAAGAACCUCGACGGCCUCUUGUAAGCCCGGUGCCCACGAAGUCACGUACCUGUGUCACGUGGACUUGAUCAGGGCGCGUGUGUCUUUCUGCCUCUAGGUGUGUCUCCUACAGCGUGGGUCAGCGCCGUGCUACCGGCAGCCUCCUCGCUGUCCGCCCAGGACAAACCUGAUCUCUUGGGGACAAAAUAGAAAUAAAACCACCUCCCUCCACAAUGUGAGCACUGUUGACCUGGUGCACUGUAGAACCCGAUGUAGAAGUAGUGCCAGUGCUGGCUUCGCGUGAGGUCCCCAUGAUUCUUGUGUUUUGUGGACUUUCAGUUUGACGCAUCAAUAGAAAUUAAGCUGUUAUAUAUACAGCCUGUCCACAGGGGCGAGGCUGCCUUUAGAAGCAAAAUAGUGUGAUUUCCAGGACUCCACAUAUAGACUUAGCCUGAGCGUUUGAACAACUGCCUGCACUUAUGGUUGUGUGUUGAAGAUUUCUCCCAUCCCCCUCGCUUCAUGAUGUGACUAAAAAUUAUAGUUAACAGCUGUGAGUAGGAUAGACCAACUCUGAUCAGACUAUCAGGGCAUCUGUUCAAGAUAUGUUUGGUGACCAAAAAAGUGUGUCAAUGGAGUUCUACUUUUGGAAAUUUUUCCUUUUUCUACGUCCCCUCUGCCCAGCCUCUGCCCUUUAGCUGGGCAAGGGGGUGUGGCAGGCCCGUCCUCAUGUUUCCACACACGUCAGAUCUGGCAUGUGAGCUGUAAGGAGCUGCCUGUCUAUAGAUGAGCCAGACAAACGGAGUUCGCAUUGGCCACACUGACCCGCCCAGAGGGGUGUGCUCCUGCGGCUCUCAGACCACAUUUCUCAGCUUCCAGGGUAACUUGAGAAGUGCUCCGAGUCCGAGGGGAACCGCUGCAGAAGCUGCACCGAGAGGUCUGUUCCCUGUGGGGUCCACCAGGUCACGCGGUUCCUUGAUUCUCUAGCGGACCCUUGGGUGCACUGCGGCGUUUAACAAGGCCAGAUCAUUUUAAAUUGAGCCCCAGCAUUUUUCGGGGAAGGAAUUGCACAUAUACUUUGAAGGGGUAUGUUAGUGAGAAUAUCUGAUAUUAAGUGCACACGCACACAUACACACACACGCACACAUGCACACGCACACACAUGCACACAUGCACACGCACACACAUACACGCACACGCACACAUGCGCCUCGACUUCUUCGAAGCUGUUUAGUGAAAUGAGCAGAACUCUCAACCCCAGGAAAGCUAGUGGCUACAUUAAUACGGCAAAUCCCUUCCCCUUUUCUAUGGGCAACACGCUGCUUCCGAGGUUUAUGGUGCCUGACGGCCCGUUGACCCCGCUAGGGGCCUGCACGUGUUUCGAUUUUUGCUUCCGUCUAAGUUAGUGGCUCGGCCCCGCCUGCUCCGACAGCGCGUCCUUGAGGACGUGUGGCCGUGGCCGUGCCGUGGAGGACUGAGCCGCCAGCACGAGGCCGGCCCGUGUGUCUGUGGGAACGAGGCGGCGGGCCUCCAGUGGAGCCCGUGGAGCCAGGCGGCCGGGGAGCAGCGUUGCCCCGGCAGACCCGCCACCCGACACCAGCGGGGUCCCCACUUCAGGAGCAGCGCUGUGAGCUGAGGGAGCCCUCAGAGGCUCCUGUGGCGGACGGUUACUGAUGAAAAGAGGUUCUCGCUAUUAUUUCCGAACGAAGUCUUCACCUUUUCUCCGAUUAAGACUAUUUUGUAAAAUCUUGUGGUUUAGCUCAGUGUGCCCUUAUCUACCCACGAGGCUAUGUGCGCUGCACACUGGCUCCUGCUGUGGCCGCUGGCUGUAGGCUGACAGCCUGAGGAUCUUCGGUUUAAAUGCUUUGGGCUGUGCCGCUAAUGGAUGCCACCUGUAUACUCCAAAGAUCUUUGUGUUUGGCGUUAGGCUCCUCUGCCCAGGAGAGCGCUCUGGUGACGUUUACUCAAGCUUUGUACUCACUGCUGUUUGCUCUCUGGGCUCUGUGCUCACAUCACGGGUGCAAUGUGCUGCCCCCCACGCUCCUGAACUGGGGAGCUGGGCGAGCAGUCGGCCAUGGGGUGCUGCUGUCUGUCUGGCCGGGCCUGGGUGACGGCCUGUUGGGUUUAGACUCUUCCUGGGAUUGUUCAGCUAUGAAUGUAUUUGCCGCCAGAACCUCCCACAGUGAACUAAUCGUAACUGUUCAGUUGUAAGUAUUCUGAAGUCGGGAAAUAUUUAUUUUAAGUGAAAUCGGGUAGUGUUGCUUUCCACAGCGUAAUAAACACAUGCAUAAAAAAACCUAUGGCAAUGAAAUUUUAAAAAAAACAGCCACGGGGUCUCUGCCAGCCCUGGGGUGGGCAUGCCCUGGGCAAGGCCGCACUUGGCUGGGUCGGAUCCAUUCCUGAUGCCUGUGGAGAGCCAGGCGCCGGGCAAGGUGUCAGGGGUGGGCACCGUGGUGGUGAAGGUGAGAGCCCUGUGUGGACUUGAUCUCUGAAAGCGAGAGGGUGGGGGGCCGGGGCAGUCUUCCUGGUCUCACCUGCUGACCUGACAGUGAAGUGAGUAAAUCUGCAGUCGCAGACCAGAUGGUACGCAAGUAGCUCAGGAAUGUGUGAGGCGGCACUUAAACCAAGGCAGGCGGGGGGCUGUUACAGUUAGGUGGACAGGACGGGGUUCAGCAGGAGACUUGGGAAGGCACGUGUGUGUUCAGAUGGGAAGGUCAGAGAAUUUAGUCAGCUAUUAAAAGGGGCAAAGACUGGGUGUUUCGAUUCUGUUCCGGAGUCUGAGCCCCGGCCUCCGUGUGCCCCUGCUGCCCCCACCCCCACCCCCUGGGUCAGUGAGGGCCGCUAGGAAGUGAAUCCAACAAGCGGUCAUGAAGCAAGAGCCGCUCAAGGCGCUUCCCUCUGGGACAAGAAAUGGGAGAGGCUGAGCAGACACCACACCGGGCGCAGAGGGCGCAGCGGCGUUGACCCAGAGCUUAGCUAGUGACAGCAGGUGUGUGGCGGCAGGUGUGUGGCGCUCUCUGUGCAGGUGCCUCCGAGCACCUUUAUACGCUUUGUGCACCCAUUUAUCCCUAAUAAACGUGUUUAAGCUGCU